GGCUUCAAAAGAACAUUGAAUUGAGAUGCUUCCUACUAUGCGUUCACUGGGCCGUACUGCUCGUGGGCUUCCACUCCACGGAGAAUCAUCAAUACCCUCCCUGUUAGUCUUGGACGACUACCUUCGGAUCUCAGCAAAACAUUUUGGGCACUUGCAGCCUCCGAAAUUACAAGUAGAAUUGUCUGAUGCCCACCUUCCUCAGCGAACUGCUGAAGAGCGGAGCAACUUGAUUGAGAAGCUCUACCCGUACGACAUCAUCUCCACCAUGCGUGAGCGAACCCCGUUCUCUGGGGAGCUGCUGCACCAGCUACCCAACUUGAAGCUGCUACUAUGUACCGGUACUCAGUUUGAGACCUUUGAUCUAGAGACAGCCAAGAAGCUGGGGAUCACAGUUGCUUCAGCGCUAGGUCGCGGCCGGAGUGACGGAACACAGCAUAAGCAGGACAUCCGCAAAGGAGGAAGCCAUCCUGCAACGCACCACACAUGGGCUAUGAUCCUUGCUCUGGCUAGAAACAUCGCUGCAGACGAUACUUCCAUCAAAGCCGGUGGAUGGCAGUCAGACAUGGCUAUUGGUCUGUCGGGAAAGACUUUGGGGGUCGUUGGUCUGGGAAGGUUGGGAGCAGCAGUGGCAAGAAUUGGGUCUUUGGCCUUUGGCAUGAAGAUCAAGUGCUGGAGCAGCAGUUUAGACCAAGCUAGGGCUGAUGAGAUGGCUGUCAAGCUUGGCCUGCCCAUUGAGGAUGAGGAUGGCGACAAGACCUUUCAAGCAGUUAGUAAGGAAGAGCUGUUUGCAACUGCUGAUGUAGUCACUCUGCACUACGUUUUGAGUGACCGAUCACGUGGUCUUAUUGGCGCCAAGGAACUUGCAGCGAUGAAGCAGACGGCGUUGCUAAUUAAUACAUCCCGCGCCGCGCUCAUUGAUGAGACGGCACUGCUGGAGGCAGCCAAUGAGUGUUCCAUUCGCGGCGUUGCACUCGACGUCUUUGGAUCUGAGCCUCUACCUGCAGAUAGUCCAUGGCGGUCUCAGGACUGGGGAAAAGGUAGGAAGAGUCGCGUGCUGGUAACGCCGCAUAUGGGGUACGUGGAGGAGGGCAUCAUGAAUCGCUGGUAUGCUGAACAGGCAGAAAACGUCGAGAGAUGGUUAGACGGAAAGGAUGUUCUCCAUCAACUGGUUUGAGGCAGCACUUAUUGUCCCUUCAGUAUGUACGU